UAAAUACGAGCUGCAUGGACAAACCCGCGUUCUAUUCUUAACCGCUACGUGGUGAGUUUAUUUGGCUAGUCUUCUUAAAGAGAAGAGAGCCCGGCUAAAAUCAACUUUCGCUUUAAAUAAGUAAAAAAAACUGAGAAAGAUGUCGAAGAAAAUAUUCUGCUGUGCGGUUCUCUGGUGCGGUUUGACUAUAGCUGCAGUGUCGGCUGUCAGCUACCAGUGCGAGGAGACGAAAAUCCCAAUGUGUAUGUCCUACACCAACAAGACUAUUGUGCCGAACGUGCUGGGUUACACUAGGCAGGACUAUGCGGCUUUAGAGCUCAUCUUUUUCGAACCUCUUGUGAAGAUGAAAUGUUCGCCCUACCUCCACCGCUUUUUGUGCGGCAUGUACACACCGAUGUGCGACCGUUACGGCCUGGCCGAUAAACCGACGCCUCCCUGUCGGAGCAUCUGCCGUGCGGCCAAAACCGCGUGCGAGCGAGACAUGUAUAAGUACGGGAUCGUAUGGCCGGAGAACUUUAACUGCGAGAGUCUCCCGGACGAUAUAGCGGACCCUAUUGGUACUCGCUGCGUUGGCAAGCUGGCCCUGAUGAUCCCUGGGUUGGGGUUAGGUAUCAUGUCACGCCAGGGGAACGGCAAUGUCCAACUAGAAGAAAAAGAGGCCGAGAGCGAAAAGAAAGAAGAGCAGACGAUAACCAGCCGUGACGACCCCUUGACGGCAACGUCGCAAGGGCACAACCACCUUACUCACGAUACACACGAUCCCAGACCGCAUAAUACUCUCGACAAAAAGAACGGCAUCUCCCCGCGCCGCUACGAUAUCAAGGAAUAUGGAGAACCGUACUACUUUAGUGGCUGGGUGGAUGUACAGGGUCAAGGAGCGGCCAACGACUACUGCAGAGUCAUCGGGCGUGGCCGCUCCAGUUUUCUGUCAUGCGCACUGGCGGGCACCCACAGUGAAAGACAUUUCUACGUCUCGGAGAAAGGGUUCAACGUCGGUUGGAGGGAUACCUGGUUUAUGAGGGACAUGGACGACGAUGGGAGAGACGAUUACUGCAGAUGUGUUGGGUCAAAAACCCAUUCGAGGGUUUCCUGUAUGAAGGCAGGCGACAGAGGUUUCUACGGUAGUAUUACUCAGCGAGGCAGUCAGUACACCUUUGACGUUCCAGGAACUGAUAACUGUCACCGCAAGCGAGUCAAUCCCUAUUUUGGGUUAUAAACAUUUAGAUUUGUAACGCCAGAAACAUGUCACAGUCAGGGAGAAUUUUAUUUUUUAAAUCAAAGGUUCAAAAAUUUCUGUUCUCGGCUUCUAUACCCAAGUGCUGUGCACUUUUUUAAAAGGCCGUCUCAGGCUCGAUUUGUAAAUAUCAAGAGCUCAUAUCUGUCAACACACAAGUUGAUUCAAAUGUAGCUAAUUUUGUCGAUUGAGAUCCGAGGAUAACAGGAUUGUGAGCCAUUGCAGUGACAAACACUGCACACUUCGUGUUGGUAGAAAACGGACACUUAGGACGUUGGAGGCCUCACGGUUGGUCAGGAAGCAAAGACGAGUUUCCCCUUCAAAGGACCAUGGUGCAAGCUUCACCACAGAACUCUAGACCAAAAUUUUGUCUCGACUUUUAGAGUACAAGUUUUGGUCUUUUUCAAUUCUAGAUAAAUGCGAAGUAGUCCACUAGAAGUAACUAUUGGCCUUAAUUAUGUGCCGUUUGUCUUUUAAAACCAUCUUAUAUCUUUUUUUCCUUCAAGCUAAAACGAACUUUUGGACUAAUUCUUUGGAAAAACAAGCACAUUAUUUUUUGUACAAGCAAAUGUCUGUAUGGACACUGUGAAAAGAAAUCUGUCCUGUGAAACUCACAUUGGAUGACAGCUGAGCAAGUGUCAAUCAGAAACUUUACAAUCUUGACAUGGUAGCUAUUAGAAUAUUCAAUUUCUAUACAAAUUGGAAAUUUUUGGAUAUGAAUUAAAAGGCAUGAAACAGACGUAUUUUUAGUUGUGCAAUUAAUGCAACAAUCCAACGAUGGGCAAAUGAAAUUAUUGUAGUUGGUCUAAACAGGUCUAAUUACUCGGCUCAUCAUUUUAAAGGAUUCCAACCCCAGUGCCUUCAACUCCCCUCACCUCCCGUUCAUACCUCAUAU